AUGCCUAAGUCUACGAUGUCCACCUUGCUAGUCAUAUUUAGCGAGAUUCGCGGGUGGAAAGGGGUGAGCAAGGAGCAAUAUAUGUUGAUCAUAAAGCAUACUAGCCCCCGCACCUUUCUUAACCACUAUUAUCCCUUGCAACUCGACACCGACAUAAUCCGAGUUAUCUGUGGCCUUAACCCGGAUAUAGAACUAAUGCGAGCCGUUACCUAG